AUGGACAAUUGUCCUAUGGGUCAUAGGGCUACCCAAAUGGGCCCAAUGCUCUGGACAUCACUAUGGGGCCAUGGGUCGGAACUUUUGGGGGUUGAGUGGAACUUUUGGGUUGAGCAGAACUUUUGGGUUGAGCAGAACUUUUGGGUUGAGCAGAACUUUUGGUUUACAGAACAUCUGAAAAGGACUCUGGAUGUUUGCAUGAAUGUUCUGAAAAAAAUGCGAAAUGCCCGGAACAUUAAUUGGGGACAUCCAAAACACAUCCUGGGUGUCCACAUAAAUGUUCCGGGAAAAUGCGAAAUGCCUGGACAUCCAAAACGCACCCGGACAUCCGAAAAGCACUCUAAAUGUCCACAUAAAUGUUCCGGAAAACUGCGAAAUGCCCGGAACAUUAAUUAG